AUGCCGAAGAUUGUGCUCAAGAAGAAGACAACCAAAGAAACCAGAAAGCCACCUACACCACCACAUGAAUCAACACCACCACAAUCACCUAUCCAAUCACCACCCCGACAACCUACACCACCACAACAAUCCUCACCACCUAAACAACCAACACCUCCAAGACAACCAUCACCACUACAUCAUUCACCACCACCACAACAAACCCUUUUCACCUCUCAAGAACUCUUUCAGACCCCUCCGCUCACCCAAAUGCAACCUGGUUUGUCUAGCAAAGGUCUUUAUACUCCACAUGAUAAUCUUGAAGAUAUCGGAGACUUCGGUUUUGCGAACAAUGAACAAGUGUUGAAGUUGGAGAAAAGGAUGGAUGAAGUGUUAGUGGAAAACAAGAAGCUAGUUGCUGAAAACAAGAAAGUGUCUGAUAGAGAGAAAAUUCUAGAAAUGCGUGUGAAGAAGUUGGAGAUUGAUAAUAAAGAGUUGGUGAAAAAGAUUGAAUCUGAUCAAUCUGAGAUAGACAUUUUGAAGGUGAAAAUUGCUGAACUGGAAGAAGAAAAGGCUAGACCUGAUGAACAAAAUGAAUACUUUAAGUUGAAGAACAAAGAAUUUGAAGCAGCUAAAGCGUUAAGAGAUCAUGAGUUCUAUAUGCUGAAUAAAGUAGUGGAAAGUAUGCUCGGAACGUCAGUAGAGCAAAAAUUUGAAGAGCUGCAAGUUGAAGAGCUCAGAGCUGAACGUCAAGCCAAAAUAGCUGAGCAAAUGAAAGAUAAAGGCAAAGGAGUUGAAGGAAGUUCAGCUGUGACUGAAAGAUCGAUUGUUCCUUCAAUGGUUGUUGAUAAUCCUGAGCCUAUUUCUGCAGUUUCUGGUCUGUUUGAGGAUUAUACUCCUCUUGAAGAGUUAAUGGGAGAUAGUGAUGAGGAUGAUGAAGAAGAGGAGGAUGAAGAGGAAGAUAAAAAGGAUGAGAAAGUGUAUUCUGUGAGCAGUCAUGGUUCAGAUGAUGAUGACGAUGAUGCUCAGGGUGGUACAGCGUUGAAAGUUACUGAAGAUUCUGCUGAACAAAAUGUUGAUAACUUGAUGAACGAUUCUGUGAACGAAGAAUCAGGGGGAGCUGAUAGACAGGGGAAGUCAGGUGAUGCAGAGGACGUUCUACUAGCUCACAAAUUGAUUUUAAGGUUGGAUACUUAUUGUGAAGAAGGAGAGCAUUUCCAUACUUACACGUUGGAAGCAAUUAAUGCAGAGUUCGAAGAAGAAUUGAAUGCUUUUGACAUCAACCAGCAGCGUGAUUACGAGUAUAAGUAUGUUGAAGAUGCUGAUAUGUACGAUAGAGUCGAAGUUGAAGAUUGGACAGAUGAUGAGAAUAUUAAUGAAGAUACCUCACAGUUGCCAACGUUAAUGGAAUUCUUUACUGAGGAGAAUCGUGAUGAGUUGCGAAGGAAAGUUGCUGAAAUUCUGAAAGAUAAAAACUUUGAUGGCACUCAGAAAGAUAUGGCAAAGGAAGAACGAAAGAAAUGGUUUAAAGAAAGUCACGAGAGAAAGUUCAAACGUCCUCUGAAGUAUUAUCAACGUGAUAGAAGUGUAUCUCUCGGUGACAUUAUCAGUUGGGUUUUCUUACCGCAAAUUAAUGCGUAUGCAAUCAGAAGAGAAUGCGGAGUCCAGUACUUUGAAAAGUUGCAUGACAUUAUGUCACUCCCAUGGUGGGAUGUGGAUGAAUUGUCAAAGGUUAGAACUUUGGGAUAUAAUGUCAGGAAGAAUGAUAUUGCUAUGUGGGGUUUGAUUAAGUUCGAGGCUCUAAGAGAUUUCAAGCACUGGAAGCCACAUCAUCCGAAAAGAGUUACAAGAAGAGAUCAAGUAACAGGUGUUGAAUAG